GCAGCCGCAGGCAGCCGACGACGAAUCAGAUCGGACUUGGGACGAUCUCAUCCCCGUCCCCCACCCACACACAACCAUUCUUGUUGUUGCUUGCAUGGACAAGGCCCACCUCGGAGUCGGAGGGGGUCUGUUAGCUCUCGACGCGUCGCCGCGGCCCCUUGGCUUCCUCUCCCCCACGGCGUUCCACAGAGCAAGAACAACAGCCAUGGAGGCCGCCGACGACGGAAACGGAACACCCCCGCCAGGCAGCAGGGUCCGUAGGUCCGUCGAGGUGGACUUCUUCUCCGACCAGAAGAUCGCUGCCGAUGCAGCUAACAACAACACCUGCGGCAGGACCACCGUCUCGCCGGGAUCGGGAUCAGGAGCCAGCUGCCUCGCCAUCAAGAAGGAGGAUCUCACCAUUAACCUCCUUCCCGGCACCGGCAGCAACGCCAACGACGACGAGGCGGCCACCCGGCUCCGGCUGCUGGACCAAGACAAGCAGAGCAGGAACACCAACGAGAUGCAGGCGGAGCUUGCGCGCAUGAACGACGAGAACCAGCGGCUCCGCGGGAUGCUGACCCAGGUCACCAGCAGCUACCAGGCGCUCCAGAUGCAUCUCGUGGCGCUCAUGCAGGCGCGGGCCGGCGGCCAGGCCCAGCUGAUGCUGCCUCCUGUGGCCCAGGCGCUGCCGCCGACGACCGACGGCGCGGCUGCUGCUGUCAUGCCAUUGCCGAGACAGUUCCUCGGCCUAGGACCGGCUGCUGCUGCCGAGGAGACGUCCAACUCGUCCACGGAGGUGGGAAGCCCGCGGCGGUCGUCGUCCACCGGCGGCAACAGGCGGGCGGAGCGCGGCGACAGCCCGGACGCGUCAACAAGGCAGCAGCAGGUAGCGCAGCAGCAGCAGGAGGCGAGCAUGAGGAAGGCGCGCGUCUCGGUGCGCGCGCGAUCCGAAGCGCCCAUCAUCGCCGACGGCUGCCAGUGGCGCAAGUACGGGCAGAAGAUGGCCAAGGGCAACCCAUGCCCGCGAGCCUACUACCGCUGCACCAUGGCCAACGGCUGCCCCGUGCGGAAGCAGGUUCAGCGCUGCGCCGACGACCGCUCCAUCCUCAUCACCACCUACGAGGGCACCCACAACCACCCGCUCCCGCCCGCCGCCAUGGCCAUGGCCUCCACCACCUCCGCCGCAGCCUCCAUGCUGCUGUCCGGCUCCAUGCCCAGCGGGGACAUGAUGACCUCCAACUUCCUGGCGCGGGCCGUGCUGCCGUGCUCCUCCAGCAUGGCCACCAUCUCCGCCUCCGCGCCGUUCCCCACCGUCACGCUCGACCUCACACACGGCCCGCCCGCUGCUGCACGACCGCAGCCGCACUUCCAAGUCCCGCUGCCACCGCACCAGCAGGUCCAGCAGCAGCACCACCACCUGCAGGCGGCCGCGCUCUACAACGCCCACCAGUCUUCGUCCAAGUUCUCCGGCCUGCACAUGUCAUCGUCAUCGACAUCGGACAAUAACAACAAUGUUGGCACUAGUAGCAGAGCCGCCGUGGCAGCGGCUGACGCGCCGCCGCACAUGGACACCGUCACUGCGGCGGCGGCCGCCAUCACCGCGGACCCCAACUUCACGGUGGCGCUGGCGGCGGCCAUCACGUCCAUCAUAGGCGGCGGCGGAGGUCAUCCAAUUCCAAUUGCAAUUCAUCAUGGGCAAGGGCAAGGGCAAGAGCAGGGGCAGCAGCAGGCCCCGACGAGUAACAGCAACGCCAACAACAACAACAAUGCGGUGGUGACGAGCAGCAGCAACAACACGGCGACCAGCAACAGCGAGACCCAGUGAACAUAACAUAUAUGCGUACAUACAUAUAUAGGCAUACAUACAACCUGUGCAAGGUCGCCUCAGCUCAGCUUUUUAGCUCAAAUGAUUUCUUAGCUUGCAUUUUUUUUCUUCUGUAACUUGUUUCCCAGAUCAGUGGCACGCUUUUGUUAUUUCUCUGCGGCAAAAUGAAGUUGUAUUGAUUCAUUAUUUUCCUAAGGCUU